UUGUCAAAUUUGUCCAUGUCAAAGAAGUAACUGAAAUGAAGCCGCACACUGACGUGUCGCCGGUGCGCAAAGGUGUUACGCUGCUUCCGCGCGCGCGCGUUCAGACUGACGUCCAUACGUCACAGGGCGCGCCUUAGGACCCGUGCUAAGCUCUGCUAAUACUCACCUGCGGUCACUCCGUCGUCCUCCCAAACAGCAGAGGGCGCUCUGACAGAAUGAAGGGCAGCUGUCAGGUGUGCGCAUUCAUUCACCUCCUCAUGGGCUGCGGUUCCCCCGCAGGGCAGAGGAACAUACGUCAAUAUAAAUGGUGCUUUCAUCAGAUAACUACCGGGGCAGCUGCGUGGUGACGUGCGCCAAGUAAAAAAAUGAAUGGGUGUAACGUAGGAGGAAGUAGAUUUUUCGCGGGCCGUGAAGGUGGUGCGAUUGUUGUUGUUGUUGUUGUCGUGUCCAGGAUGACGGCGGUCAGCUGUCAGCAGUGGGGGGAGGUGGCCGGGCCGGCCCGCGUGGACCUGUGGGUCCUCCAGUCCUCCUCGGUGCGCGUGGAGGUCCUCACUCUGGGCGCCAUCAUCAGGUCUGUGUGCUGCCGAGGGAGGGAUGGACGGAUGGAGGACGUGGUCCUGGGCUAUGAGGACCUGGAAGGUGUAGUAAGGGACAGACAUCUCCAAGUAGACUGCAUUGAAACAAGGAACAAGAUUCCCUAUAACGAUUGUUACGCGUCGGAUAAGCGGUACCUGGGAGCCGUGGUGGGCCGCGUGGCCAACCGGAUCGCACUGGGCCGCUUCGUGGUGGAGGGAAGAGAGUACCGACUCGACGUCAACAAUGGGCCCAAUGCGCUGCACGGAGGCCUGAGGGGCUUCAACAAGGCUAUCUGGCUGGCUGCAGCAGUGGAUGGUGGUGUACAGCUGAGUCUUACCAGUCCAGAUGGAGACCAGGGUUACCCUGGGGAGGUCCAGGUGUCCGUGUCCUACACCCUGCAGGGGGAAACACUCACUGCUGAAUAUCAAGCGCGGUCCACCAAAACCACGCCCAUCAACCUCACCAACCACUCCUACUUCAACCUGGCGGGACAGGGUGCAGCAGAUAUCUACGACCAUCAAGUGUCCAUCAGCGCUCCGUCCUACCUGCCAGUGGACGACUCGUCCAUUCCUACAGGAGAGAUCAGACCAGUGGACAACACGCCCUUUGACCUCACAAAGCCUGCUCUGAUUGGGCCCCGGCUGAAGGAACUUCCGGGUCCAGGGUUUGACCACAACUUCUGUCUGUCUUCACCUGGAGAACCCUGGAGAGAGAGACACGCUGCCAGGGUGUGUCACUCAGCCAGUGGGCGGGCCUUGGAGGUUUCUACCAGCCAACCAGGCGUCCAGUUCUACACUGCCAACUUCCUGGAUGGUUCUAUAACAGGAAAGGGCGGGGCCAGGUACGGGAAGCACAGCGCCUUCUGUCUGGAGACACAGAAUUGGCCUGAUGCUGUCAACCAGCCUUCUUUUCCUAACUGUCUUCUGCGUCCUGGUGAGGACUACCAACAUGUGACUCGCUUCACCUUCACCACUGCCUGAUGUCGCCACAAGCUGGACACGCCCACGCAGGACACGCCCAGUUUCUCUCUGUGUAACUGGGAUUUGUUGGAGUUUUUUACUAUUUCUUCUGUAACUACAGUACUUGUUACAGCGGUGCAGGUUGGUCUGUGCAGUGACACAAUUUGUCAAACCGGACCAAACUGUUUUUCAAUUAAUCAUAAAAUAAAGAAGGACUCACCAUA